GUUCUCCCGGUUAAUGCAGAGAGGCUCUGUAGUCUCAGUCCCGAAAUUGGCGCUGGCUCGCUGGGCCUCCGUGGUGAGCGGGUGCGGGUGUCGCCGGGCGGGAGAGGAGCAGGAUCGCCACGCACCGACCCAUCCUUCUUGCGGAGCCACGAGGGAACAGUACUCCUCUGGCACUGGGAAGAGAGACUCAGGAGCUCUGGAGACUUCGAGAUUAGAUGGGGCGUGACCAGUGCUGGGCUCCCCCGCUGAACAGAGAAGAUGGCUGCAGAACUGAAGAGGACCAUGGCCCGAGCCUCCUGGGGCCCAGUGAAGGUGGAAAAGGAUGGGGACGAUGGUGAAAGUGUGAGCGCAUCCAGUCGACAGGUGUACCCUGAGAGUGUCAAGGUCUGGGCCCCAGGGGAACGUCCUUAUUUAAGCAUUGAUGUAUCUGAGGCGGAGGGAAAGGGUCAGAAACUGUUCUGGGACAUGGCACUGGUCCUAAAAGCAACACAGGAGGCUGCUGCUGCUGCUGAUGCCACUACACCCCUUGGGGGCUACUCAUUACCAGGGACUCUGGCCAAGAGUGAGAUCCUGGAGCCUCAUGGGAUCUCAACCCUGCUAGGUACUGAAGCCAAGAACCUACAGCUAUUGGUUCCUAAAACAGAGAUUUGUGAUGAAGCAGAAGAGCCCCCUGUGGUUUUAGGAAGAAUACAGAAAGGUGACCUUCAAGAACCCGAGCUAGGAGAAUCUUACGGAAAGGGAAAUGUGUUAAAAAGACAGAAAAUAAAGAGGGAAAAACAAGAUAUAAGAAAAGUGACAGCGAGAGACUCUCCAUUGCCUGAGAGCUUCCGAGAGGACAAAGACCGGAAAUCUAAGUCCAGGAGGAAAUACUGCCUUAGCGCUGACCCAGCUGAAAGUCAGAAAAUACAGCCCAGGCCAAAGCCUUUUACAUGUAGUGAGUGUGGGAAAGGCUUUAGUCAGAGUGCAAAUCUUGUUGUGCACCAGCGAAUCCACACUGGGGAGAAACCCUUUGAAUGCCACGAGUGUGGGAAGGCCUUCAUCCAGAGUGCAAACCUUGUUGUGCACCAGAGGAUCCACACUGGGCAGAAACCUUACGUUUGUGCCAAAUGUGGGAAGGCUUUCACGCAGAGCUCAAAUCUGACUGUACAUCAGAAAAUCCACUCCUUAGAAAAAACCUUUAAGUGCGGUGAAUGUGAGAAAGCCUUCAGUUACAGCUCGCAGCUUGCUCGGCACCAGAAGGUCCACAUAACUGAGAAAUGCUACGAAUGCAACGAAUGUGGGAAGACGUUCACUAGAAGCUCCAACCUCAUUGUCCAUCAGAGGAUCCAUACUGGGGAGAAGCCUUUCGCCUGUAAUGAGUGUGGCAAAGCCUUUACCCAGAGUGCAAACCUUAUUGUGCAUCAGCGCAGCCAUACUGGGGAGAAGCCGUAUGAGUGUAAAGACUGUGGGAAAGCCUUUAGCUGUUUUUCUCACCUUAUCGUCCAUCAGAGAAUCCACACUGCAGAGAAACCGUACGACUGCAGUGAAUGUGGAAAAGCCUUCAGCCAACUCUCUUGCCUUAUUGUCCACCAGAGAAUUCACAGUGGAGAUCUCCCUUAUGUGUGUAAUGAAUGUGGGAAGGCUUUCACUUGUAGCUCAUACCUGCUUAUUCAUCAGAGAAUCCACAAUGGGGAGAAACCUUAUACAUGUAACGAAUGUGGGAAGGCCUUCAGACAGAGGUCGAGCCUCACUGUCCACCAGCGAACCCACACGGGGGAAAAGCCCUACGAAUGUGCCAAGUGUGGCGCAGCUUUCAUUUCUAACUCGCACCUCAUGCGACACCACAGGACCCAUCUUGUUGAGUAGCCAGGAAGAAGAUGUUUCUCUGCUGUUGGUCGUAGCCUACUGCUCCCAAUAGUAGGCACCUCUGUUGAGCUUUAUACUUCCUUUGUUAAAACAAAGCCUAUACGCUUUAAAGUUAUUUUUCUGGAAAGGAAAGUAAACACAAGCAUUUCAGAGGCUAAUUUAAAGAAAAUAAAACUUAAAUAUCCAAGA